GUUUUCUCGGGCUUUGUAAGAUCACAAACAUCCGCCAUUGACCUCCCAGAAUAAAGGACACUCGGAGUCGCUUGCUGUCGUUUAUCACAUCUCAAAUACAAAUACUCCAGCUUCUUUAGGCCGGGGAAACGAAAAACAAGAAUCUGUCGAGGUGACUGUUACUUGUCCUGUGCCGUAGCACACCAGACAAUAUCCACCACGACAUUCCCAGGAGACGAGUCUUCAAGAUGCCUAUGUAUCAGAUCCAACACACCAUCCCCCUAACCGCGUCCCAAAAACACGCCAUCGCCCGCUCCAUAACGUCCCUGCACUCAACGACAUUCGUAACACCCUCGCUCUUCGUGAACGUCGUCUUCCAGCACCUGAAAACCUCAGACGAUGGUCCAAACUACUUCCUCGCCGGCGAACCCACCUCAGCAUCUCAUGGUCCCAACCGUAUCCUAGCACUAGUCCGCUCAUCUCCAGGUCGGACAAAGGCCACCUUCGAUGAUCUCGCUGUCAAAAUCGAGAACGCCUGGUACGAUGCCAUUGGCGACAGCCACGACAAGCAAGCGAAGAAGAUGCACUUCAUCGCGUUUUAUCCCAUGAUUGCCGUCAGGGAGAAUGGUGUUGCUAUUCCCGAUGCUGGCAAUGAAGGCACAUGGCUGAAAGAGAAUAUGCCGUACUUCAAGUCCCAAGCAUAUGAACAUGACGACGAGGAGUUCAAGAAGAUGAUUGAGGAAGUAUACCACAGAGAUGAUCUCAAGGCACUACUCUCUUGAUCUUCAUCUUCCAAGACCAGCUCUUCAUAUAUCGACAAUGAUGAUUCAAUUCAUAGAGGUCUAUCUUGCUAUACCUUUUACUCGAUGACUUGAUACCGGUCGA